AUGUCGAGUAAACGAUUGCGUGAUGAAGAUAUUGAAGAUUUCUUGGGUAUACCAUCUGGGACUGAAGAUCGCGAAGACUUCUCUGAAGCUGAAAGUGAUGAAGACAUAGAAAAAAUUCAAUCUUCCGUCAAUUUUUUCUCCGAAUACCUAACCGAUGUGGAAACAUCACCGCAGAUACAUCUCCGUUUGCCUCCUGUUAACGAAGAUGUUCAUUUAUCGAGGGUGCAGAAAAUAACAAAUACUCAACCUAGUAUUUCAGGCGUGACUUCAGCAAGAACUUCAGGUGAAAAUAGAUAA